GGGAGCCCGUUUAGGGGUCACAGCGCCGCGGCUCGGGGGCCGGCCGAGUGGCCAGCGGCGGCCGUGGCUCGGCGGAACCCGCACGGCCGGGGGGCUUCUGGGGGUGUGCGCCCCCAGCCGGCUGCCCUCGUGGAUGCCUCCCGGCGGCGGCGGGCCCAUGAAAGACUGCGAGUACAGUCAGAUCAGCACCCACAGCUCCUCCCCGAUGGAGUCGCCCCACAAGAAGAAGAAAAUCGCGGCCCGGAGGAAAUGGGAGGUGUUCCCGGGGAGAAACAAGUUCUUUUGCAACGGGAGGAUUAUGAUGGCCCGGCAGACGGGCGUCUUCUACCUGACGCUCAUCCUCAUCCUUGUCACUAGUGGACUCUUCUUCGCCUUCGACUGUCCAUACCUCGCGGUGAACAUCACCCCCGCUAUCCCCGUGGUCGGCGGUAUCCUGUUCUUCUUCGUGAUGGGGACUCUGCUUCGGACCAGCUUCAGCGAUCCGGGAGUCCUCCCUCGAGCCACUCCUGAUGAAGCCGCUGAUCUAGAAAGGCAAAUAGAUAUUGCCAACGGCACCAGUUCAGGGGGGUACCGCCCACCUCCCAGAACCAAAGAAGUCAUCAUCAAUGGCCAGACUGUGAAGCUAAAGUACUGUUUUACCUGCAAGAUUUUCCGCCCCCCUCGAGCCUCCCACUGCAGCCUGUGUGAUAACUGCGUAGAACGGUUUGACCACCACUGUCCCUGGGUAGGCAACUGUGUGGGGAAAAGAAACUACAGAUUUUUUUAUAUGUUUAUUUUAUCCCUGUCUUUUCUGACAGUCUUUAUAUUUGCAUUCGUUAUCGCCCACGUCAUUCUUCGUUCACAGCAAACGGGAUUCCUCAAUGCCCUUAAGGACAGUCCAGCGAGUGUGCUGGAGGCUGUGGUGUGCUUCUUCUCUGUCUGGUCCAUCAUUGGCCUCUCGGGCUUCCACACGUACUUGAUCAGCUCCAACCAGACAACAAAUGAAGACAUCAAAGGCUCUUGGUCCAAUAAAAGAGGGAAAGAAAACUACAACCCCUACAGCUAUGGGAACAUCUUCACAAACUGCUGUGUCGCCCUGUGCGGGCCCAUCUCCCCCAGCCUCAUCGACAGAAGAGGGUACAUCCAGCCCGAUACACCGCAGCCAGCAGCACCAUCCAACGGGAUCACCAUGUAUGGGGCCACGCAAUCACAGAGUGACAUGUGCGACCAAGAUCAGUGCAUUCAGAGCACCAAAUUCGUUUUGCAGGCCGCAGCCACUCCUCUGCUUCAGAGCGAGCCGAGCCUCACCAGCGAAGAGCUGCACAUGCCUGGGAAGCCAGGCUUGGGCACCCCGUGUGCUAGCCUGACUCUGGGUCAGCCCACGCCACCUUCCUCCAUGCCCAACCUUGCCACCGAGGCCACGCUCUCAGACAUUAUGCCCCUGAAGGACGAGCACGGGGGCCACCAGUUUCUGACCCCGGAUGAGGCACCGUCACCACCAAGGAUGCUGGGGGCAGGCAGCCCCCUGACACAUAGCCGCACCAUGCACAUGCUGGGCCUGGCCAGCCAGGACUCUCUGCACGAAGACUCCGUGCGGGGCUUAGUAAAACUCAGCUCCGUGUGACCUGCAUGGCCAGCCGCGGGACCACAGGUGACAACAAACGGAAAGAAAACAAUGGACCUAGCCAAGUGGACAUUUUGUUUGGAAUCUGCCAGGUGGGCCGGGGAAGAGAGGCUCCUCCUCUAGAGGAGGAGCCUGGAAUGAACGAGGCUGCGUGGAUGCAGCGCCCUCUGUCGGCUGCUCUUAGGACAGACACGAGGAAGGUUUUCGACACUGGCGGCCAGACUGAAAUUGCACUUAAUGUAACGCUACUAAUUGAAAUUGACAGGCCGUUCCAUUUGUUCGUUAAAACAAAACAAAACUCCUAACGGGAAAGGCCGACCAGACCUGGGUUUGCAUGCCACACUCGUGCUACAGUGGUGGUAUUCCAGAAGACACGCUGCUUUCUCUGUUUUCCUUCCUUUCCUUCUUUUUAAUCUUGUGAAACUUUACAGAGCGACAGACUGAGCACAAAGGGCGAUGCCUUCCUGCGCGGACUUAGCUGCAGAGGGUUACUGGGGCCCGUCCUGCCAGGGACAGACAUUUAACCUUCUGCCAGCGCUUAGAUGGGGUGUUGAAUUGUGCCACCGUUUGGCAGUCCUCGCCUCCCGUGUGAAGAACAUCCUGUGGACAGCCAAUAAAAUGACUCCUCUGCUAUUUUUUUUUGAUCUGUAUACAAUUGUCCUUAACAGCUUAUAUACAAACAGUCAUUUGUUUGUUUGUUUACAUUAUCUUUGGUAAGGAAUAAUUCAGCACAGCCAAAAUUCAGAUGUUAGGAUUGUGGGAUUACCGGGUGACUCCUGGGUGGGAGCUGAGCUUGCCAAUAGUCCCCAACCCUUGACACCCUCCCCUUCAGGGUCUGUUUAUAAAACAGGUUUAUCAGGGUUUGCUCUACACUUAAAGCCACCCACACGGCUAUUACAUGUAGUAGGUGAAUGGAAGGGUACUCAGGAGAAGGGUUGUUGUCUGGCUGUCUUCUCAGUCUGUGUGAUGCUGGGGUGUUGCAGAACCUCAUAGACACUUCACAGCCCUUGUGAAGCAACACUGGCGCCAUACUGGACUUGAGGUUACGUAGUAGCUCGUGCUCUAAGCUGAACACACAGGAGGGUGACCCUAAGAUGGCUGCUUCGCUCAUCUGUCCUCCGGAGGGGAGCAACAUCCUAGGGAGCCAGACUGAUCUGAAAGUGGCUGCAAGGAGCUCACCACCACUCUCUCCAGCCUUCUUUUCCAGCACCACAUCCCAUGCCCAAUUCACAGAGCCUUGCGGCCAUCUCAGAGCAAGGUACAUUUCUCACUAAUGCAAAAAAGGAGAGAGAGUUUUACUCAGGAUUAAACCAGUUCCAUCCAGGUCUCGUGGUCACAGCUGAAAAUGGCUGCUGAUGUCUUCUUGGGGCAUCUAUGAGCGGCCUUUACUAUCAUACCCCAUGGUGGUGAGAAAUGGGAGGUGAAUUGUAUGUAGCCGGUUUUCAUUGUGUAGUUUUCCAGAGCCCCCAAUUGUCUGGAAUUUAGACAGAGCUUUUCUGCGACAACCCCGCACACAGCCAAAGGUUUCCAUCUGCAAACAAAGAGACUCCCCACAAGAGCCCCCCUACACCUUCUCAACCACCACUGCCUCUUCCCUGCCCCCGGAGAGGGUUAGGGUAAUGAGAAAGGAGAUCCUGGCUCAGACUCUUCCUGACCCUGGGAUCAAAUGUGGCCUGGUUUUUUCCCAGAUUCUAGGGGUGGGGAGAGGCUUGUCUGUGGAGCCCUGCCGUUCCUGGCACCACUAAUAUAAUUGUUGCCAAUUUCCUGUAACCAACCCCUCUUCCAACAGCUCCAUUUUAAAAAUUCCAACACGCAAUGAUAGCGUGGCAGAUAAGUCACCUAAUACAGUGGGCUCUCUGUCUCCUCCUCUUCAUCUAUGGAUUCAGUCAACCACGAAUUAAAACUACUAGGGGGCGGGUGUCCAUCCUGACUUGUGCAGAUAUCUCUCCUUGUUAUAGCCCCUAAAUACGAUUCCAUAGCACCACACUGUGAGAUUCUCAAUUCAACUGCACCAGAGAUGAUUCAGUUUCUACAGAAAGGUGUGUGCAUGCUCUGUAUGCAAACAGUGUGCAAUUUUACAUAAGAGACCUGAGCAUCCAUAGACUGGGGGUUGCCAUGGGACCCAAUCCCAUAAGAAAACUGAAAAGUGAAUAUUCUUAUCAGUUACCCUGUUCUAACCCCAUCCUCUAUACAUAUGUGGCGCCAUUUAUCAAAUAGAGGUUUGGGGAACUUGGAGAGGAUGGAUCAAGACCAGGCUCAAAGGAGAGGUUAGCACGAAUGAGACAGUGUGCUAACACAAAUGAGGUUGUAAAACCGAUAAAACGUCCACAGCCUUUUCCUCUGUUGCUUGGGAGUAUGGAAAAUUCAUGACUCUGGCUCAGGGGGACCCACUUCAGUAACGGGGGGAGUGGUCUGCAUUUCCCAUUUAACUGAGUCCAUCUAGUGUGGCUGAGUAGACCUUGGCAUUUCUAAAGAGGUAGCAAUCGAUUGAAUGCUAGCUAGAAAAAAAAAAUAAGAUGAAUAUUUCACUAUGCUGUCAGGCUUGGGCCAUUAACACACGUGGGGGAUGAGGGUGGGGGUAAAAUUGUGUUUGUUUUCCAUUCUCCCAGGGAUGCUCCAGAGACCACGGGCCUCUCAAGCACUUGAAGGUUGGAUUUAGCCAGACCACCCUGGUCUAGACCUGCUUCUGAGUGGACAGGAUGACAGGCCGCUCUGUGCCGGGAGCAAUCAGCAUAGUGUCAUGCUGCGCCCAUGUGAAAAACGUUUGUUCCGGCUUUGGUUAUGAUUCUUCAGCUCUAUGCUACACCCCACCCCAUGCCAUCAAAGGGCCAGAUACCUGUUCCCACCCCGCAAGCCUCCCAGGACGACCCUCACCUCCAAGUCUGUUGAGUCUUUCCCUGUGUCACCCGUGGUCUUUGAUGGGUUCAGACAAGGUCUAAGGACAUUCAAGGGUGCAGCAUGCAACUGCAAAAGAAGAUGCAAACCCCGUUCCGCAAGCCAUGUUCCACCACACCAUCUGCGUGGGUGAGCCUUAGUGUGCGUCUCUCCGUGGGCCUGGACCCUCUCUAGACCAACAGCAAGAAAUGAAUGUAUCCAAGUUGCAGUAGGUGUCCUGGGUGCAGGACUGGGUGGCAUGUCCAGGAAUCGCUGGGAUGGAGCCUUUCAGAGGCUUCGGGGGCCUCUCCAACCCAGACUUACGCAUGCUCCAGUUCAGAGCCAAACCUCCUCACCAUCCUCUUGGGCCUGGAACACCUGCUCCCCAGCGCUGGCUUCAGGUUGGAGCUCCCUCGCAGGUGUCAGGGGUCUACCUGGAUAUGAUGCCGGACCUUUCCCAAGUGCGCUCCUCUACAUCCGUCCACACCAGAACACUCUUCAGCGCAUUGAGUUCUUCAAGUAAGAAGAGCACAAAGAGAAAUAAUGUUGGAUAUAUUUUCUAGCUAAUACCUCAAAAUCAUCCUGAAACUAAGCCUAAAUUAAAUCGAUGUUUAUGUUUCUGCAUUAAGUGCUUUGGUUGUGAAAACCUACCACGUUCUUAUCCAAAAGGAAGAGAACUAUGAAUAAAUUCUAAUUCCCCGU